CGCCCGUUCGAGGUAGCAAUUAUUGCUUAUACCAACGAUGCAUGAACCCUGAAUGCAAGUCCAAAUUCCCAGAAUGACUUAGAAAUGGGAAUUGAGUUUCAUGCCGUGUCCAUCAUUGUUGGGAGGUAAACAUUCUUCCCUUGCUUUGAUGUCAUAUUAUGAUCUUGUCGUUGGUUCUGGUUUUGGACUCGUUUGCUUUUUUAUGUCGCUGUUGGAAGACACCUGAUAAUGAGUUUGUCUCGUCGAUCGUCCUAAACUUGGCAAUAACAAUGACUUUUGCACCAACGUACCCUCUUCGCGGUUACGCUAAGCUCCCUUUCCGUUCUUUGUCUGUUGUGGUCCAGGGCGGCGAAGAUCAAAGAACAUUGGAGCUCAAAAGCCCAGGCACGCCAGGGUCCGAAGCGCUGAAGAGAUUGCUUGCCUCUUUGGUGAUUGGCCAAUUGCUCUCAUAUGCCAACGUUCAAUGCAUUUGGAGCCUGUCACCGCCAUUGUCAGUCUUGUCAGUCAAGUGGCCAGGGAGGUCAAUGAUGAGGGGAGGGCCGCGAGGGAUUGAGUUGAGAUGAUCAGGGGUUGAAAGCGGGGUCCGGUCAAGGUCGACGGGAGGCCCACAAGUCCACCGGGACGGGAGCCGGCCGAGUGGAUGCUCGCGUGUCCGGCCCCGCCGUCACGCAGAGGC